GAAAAAUCGAAGUCUUUCAAACUUCUAAAAAUAAAAAUUUAAUUUGGAGUGACCAAACCAAAAUUCGACAUUCGACUAUAUAUUUCCUCCUUUGCCGGAGGUCUAAAGAAACGUUCAAAGAAGGAACACAAAGAUCAAAUCCCCCACCCCCCGAGAAACUCGAAAACGGUUAGCUCUUGAGAAGAUCAAACAAUCCAUUCCACGUGAUACACACUGAGAGUCUUAUCGUAUCUUCUUCCGAUUCACCUAACAGCUCUCGUCGGAGUUCCGAUCAUGUCGUCGGAGUUGAAACAGCUAAUCGUCGUCGCUGAAGGCACCGCAGCCUUGGGUCCUUAUUGGCAAACCAUCGUCUCCGACUAUCUCGAGAAAAUUAUUAGGUCUUUCUGUGGCGCUGAGUUAAACGGGGAGAGGAACCUUGUUUCUAAUGUUGAGCUAUCACUUGUCAUCUUCAACUCUCAUGGUUCAUAUUGUGCUUGCUUGGUACAACGGAGUGGCUGGACAAAAGAUGUUGAUAUUUUCUUACAUUGGCUUUCCUGCAUUCAAUUUUCCGGUGGUGGUUUCAAUGAGGCUGCCACAGCUGAAGGGCUUGCCGAAGCAUUGAUGAUGUUUUCUCCUCCUUCAGGUCAAGCACAACCAAGUAAUGAUCUGAAAAGGCAUUGUAUCCUAAUCACAGCCAGCAACCCUUACUCGUUGCCAACACCUGUAUAUCGUCCUAAAUUGCAAAAUGCUGAAAGGAAUGAAAAUGGCAGUGCGCAGUCGGAAAGUCGUUUAUCAGAUGCCGAGACAGUGGCAUCAUAUUUUUCUAGGUGCUCUGUUUCAUUAUCUGUUGUGUGCCCAAAGCAGCUUCCAAAGAUAAGAGCACUAUACAAUGCGGGAAAGCUCAAUCCACAAAGUCCGGACUUCUCAAUCGACACGGUUAAGAACACAUUCUAUCUUGUCCUGGUCUCAGAGAAGUUUGUGGAGGCACGUGCUGCCUUAAGUCAUUCUGCUACGAAUUUGCCACAGACCACCCAAAGCCCUGUGAAAGUGGACAGGGCCACUGUUGCUACAUCGCUUCCAGUCACUGGUCAACCUCUAGCUCCUGUGCCAUCAGCUAAUGGACCUAUUAUGAAUCGGCAACCAGUCUCUGUCGGACCAGUUCCUACUGCUAUUGUGAAAGUUGAGCCUAGCACGGUAUCUUCUAUGGCAGCAGUUUCAACUUUUUCUCAUAUCCCGGCCGUAGCUCGGCCUGCUACACAAGCAAUUCCUUCAGUUCAAACAUCUUCAGCAUCGCCAGUCUCUCAAGAAAUGGUCACAAAAGCCGAGAAUGCACCAGAUAUUAAGCCUGUAGUUGGUGGAGUGACGCCACAAUUGCGUACUGGCCCUCCUGGUGGAGCUAAUGUAAAUCUGCUGAAUAAUCUUUCCCAAGUUCGACAAGUCAUGAGCUCUGCAGCUCUGGCGGGUGCAUCCUCGUCUGGGCAGAGUGCGGUUGCAAUGCAUAUGUCAAAUAUGAUAUCAACAGGAAUGGCUACAUCUCUGCCUCCUUCACAAACUGCGUUUUCAUCUGGACAGCAGGGAAUUACUUCAAUGGCUGGUUCGGGUGCAUUAGGGGGGACUGAACAAGCGGGACAAAGCCCGGCUCCUAAUAAUGCCUUUAGUCCUCAAACAACGUCAAAUGUUGCGUCAAACAUUGGUGUUUCGCAACCAAUGCAAGGGAUGAAUCAAGGAAGUCAUUCUGGAGCACAGAUGAUGCAAAGCGGAAAUCCCAUGAACCAAAAUAUGAUGAGUGGUCUCGGUCAAGGAAAUGUCUCCUCUGGAACAGGUGGAAUGAUGCCUACUCCGGGAGUUGGUCAACAAGCGCAAUUAGGAAUACAACAACUUGGUGGUAGUAACAGUUCAGCUCCUAAUAUGCAGUUGUCACAGCCAUCGUCGGGGGCUAUGCAGCCUUCUCAAUCCAAAUAUGUUAAAGUCUGGGAGGGAAAUUUAUCUGGGCAGAGACAAGGGCAGCCUGUUCUUAUCACCAGACUUGAGGGUUACCGAAGUGCUUCUGCCUCUGAUUCGUUGGCAGCCAAUUGGCCACCGACUAUGCAGAUUGUUCGGCUUAUAUCCCAGGAUCAUAUGAAUAACAAGCAAUAUGUUGGCAAAGCUGACUUCCUCGUGUUUCGAGCCAUGAGUCAACAUGGGUUUUUAGGACAACUUCAGGAUAAGAAGCUUUGUGCAGUCAUCCAGCUGCCAUCACAGACGCUGCUUCUCUCUGUCUCUGACAAGGCUUGCCGCUUGAUUGGAAUGCUUUUUCCAGGGGUAACUCCUGGAAGAUCACAACAAGGUGGUGGUGGCGGAGGGCAGCCUACCAUGCCAGGAGCUGGCUUCAUGGGAUAA